UUCUUCUUCUUUUUGAUGACUGAAGCAAACCCCUCUUUUUUGUUUUAUUUGUUUGUUGUUGUUGCCACACCAAGCCAAGAAUUCAAGACGUGGCUGCAAGUCUAUCUUUCUUUUUUUCUUAGUAUGUUGUGUCUGUACGCAAACAACACCAAACCCUCUUCCCAAAACAGGGCUGCUUUCCUCCUUUAUUUUUUUUUUGUUUGUUUGUUGUGAUUGGGUGCCUAACAACCACAGGACAAGAGGAUCUUCCAAGAGAAUUCAGUUUAUGAGUUUGACACUCAAAAAUGGAUUUAGUUUAUGGGUUUUGUACCCAAGCAUGGCGGUUCGCUCUGGAGAGCAUGAAGAUUUGCUCAGCAGAGCAUGGAGAUUCGCUCGGCAGAGGAGUAUCAAUUUGUGAUGGAUGCUUAUGGAAAUCUUCACAAAGAACAUGCUUCCGAUGAAUAUGGUAGGGCCAUCGCUUUUGGCCCCCAGUACGUGAGAUCUUGUCCUCUGAAUUCGAUCAGGCUUAUGGUACCUCCUGAGAGUCGGACAACAUGGUUCACCACAGAUCACUUGAGUAGUGGACAUCUCAAACUCAACCCCCAUGAAGAAGACCGAGUUAUUCAAAUUUCUCAAGCAAAGGGCCCAUGUUUUCUGGCCCACUCUUUGAUGAAAGUAAACAAUGAGAUUGAAGGAGAUAAGCAGUGUCUUCCUAGAGAUGAAUUUUAUCCGGUUAUGCACAGGAUGCUUCGUAACAAAAUUUCAUGGGGAAGCAAUUUCAAAUUUUUCCGUCAGGCUAACUUUUUAUCCUUUGUACUGGAGUGGACGGAGUCUAUUUUGAGUGACUUUGGUGAUGUCUUUCGUCAAGCUGAUAUAUAUGGGGCUGUGGCCAUUUCUCGAUACUCCUAUGAUUUUUGCCCUAAUGUUUGGAGAGCAUUCUGCGAGUUAUGGGGGCCUUUAUCCAACACAUUUCAUCACGGGAACGGUGAAAUGGGCAUUUCCUUAUAUGACCUAAAAGUUAUUGGCGGGUUACCAAUUUUGGGUCUCCCCUAUGAUGAAUUUAUCCCUUUAAACAGAGAAUUAUGCCGUGAAGACUUGUAUCCUUCAACCAUUGGUGAACUUUUGAAAAUCCAUGCUCAACUAUGUGUUUUCCAUAAGAAAGGGCAAGUUUUCCACGAUCAAUGGAUUGAGCAUUUCUUUCGAGGGGAAGCCAUAUAUGGUGCUGCGGGGAAUAAAAAUAACAUAGUUCCCGAACAUAAAGCCAAAGACCUCAAAUUUCCCUUGAACAUUUCACGUGAAGGACAAUUGGCUGCUUUUUUAGCCUUUUGGCUUAGCCGUUUUGUUUUGCCCCUUGAUAAUGCUAUAAGGCUAGAAUGUUUCUAUAUGGCAAGUUUGAUGGUGAGAGGGUUUAGAGUUUCACUUGCUCCAGCAGUGUUGGGACUUAUUUAUCAUGCCCUCGGUACAGUUGCUACUCAUUGUAGGGGUCCUGGUUUAGCAAAUGCAUAUCUUCCCAUUCAUUAUGUGAUGGGAUGGUUAGGGGAGCACUUUCCUGAUCUGAUCGACCGUCGGAGUGACAAUGAUUUUCCAGCACAUUACCCUCUUCUAGCGAGGAGUGGGUUUAUGGUUUAUCGUCCCAGUGUCUUCCUUGCACAAGAAGAUUGCAUUCUUUUAGACACAGAGAGCCUUGCGGACAAUGCCUUUGAAUUCUUGGUUUGUAUGCGCUCUGCACUGCUUCCUGUAAGGUUAGGUGGCGAUCUUUGGUUGGAGCCUUACUACCCAAAUAGAUUUGCUCACCAGUUUGGCUUUGAUCAAGGAGUUCCGGAGAACAAACUUUUAUUUAGUGUAUGUGAGAGGCAGCGAUGCGAGAUUGAGAAGUUGGCGAGAGCCCAAGCAGUCCUUCUGCGCAAAGAUACUACAACGCGUUUCUAUAUUCCACGCUUCACUCACAUUGGGGAAUGCUCUUGGUCGUAUUGUAGAUGGUGGAUGACUGCAUGUGCACCUUAUAUGGGCUUUUCUGUGUCAAAAAUUUUCUCAGUGGUAGACAGAGGACACAAGAAGAGAAUUCCCAAUGCUAAAGGGGAACAUUUCUCAGGGGUUAAUCACGUGAUGCACCAAUCCCAAAGGAUUAAUCGAGACUCACACCACAAACAGGCGCGACAUGCAGAUCACAACAAGGUUGAGGAUGGAAGCUCUAGCCAUGUUCUUGAUGAAGAGAGUUCUAAUCCGGUGCAGGGGAAAUGA